ACGGCAGGGGUCAGUGUCGCCAUCCUGGGGUUGUUUUCGGACUCAUUGGUUUUCUCCUUCCUGAUUUUUUAAACAGUGUCACGAACGAAAGCAGCGGGAUGUGACAGCCAGUCUGUGAGCACUGCGACACAGGAGCUGCUUGUUAUGGCUGAGAUCCCAACAAGUUGUGCUUUAUCAAGUAAUAUUCCAGCAGGCCACAAGCUUGUGACUUCCCAUCCAGCACAGAAGACUAUUGAAUUAGGAAGCUGGACCAUGACAGGGUGCCAGCAGGAAAAAGCAGAAUGGGAAAACUUAAACAAAUUAUUAAUGCGUCAUGGCUUAAAACCUGUGUCUCUCGCUACCCCACGAAACAGCAAAAAUCUAACAGAUAUGAUAGUUUUAGAUAAACACUCUUCACUGGGGAUAAGACUAGCACUGAAAACUUUGGUAGAAGACACAGAACGACAACAGAAGAUGAUGCAGGGGCUUAUACAGGCUAAUCGUCAACUUAGAGAAGAAGUGCGCUUAGAACGUGGCCGAGCAUCUCGGCAAGAACAACAUGCCAAUGACUUGGAAAAGACUGUGGAGAACAUAAAAUCCAAAAUCUGUCAACUGGAAGAUGAGACUAUAGCCAAGGUUUGCCAGCAGCAGAACCAAGUGAAAGAGCUUCAGAAAGAUCAACAUGUUUCACAGACCAAGUUCCAUCAGCAACAAGAGAAACUUCAUGAACAGGAAGAGACCAUUGCACAUUUGCAGAAAGAGAUCUACAAGGCUGGGGUGGAAGAGCAGGAGCGCAUUACUACACGAAACAAAAUGUUCUGCCAGUUUUGCAAGCGAGUCCCCAAAUCUCUCUUGGAUCAACAAUUUCUUUGCCUAAUUGAUUAUUAUGAAUCUCAGAUUAAUCAGAUGAAAAAGGAGCUAAGGAGAUAUAAAAAAGAUGAAGAUCAUGUUCAAGCAGAAGGAAAAAGCAGGGGGGAAUUUUUAAAUCUAGAUGCUACUCCUAAUUAUAGAGCACUGCUAAUGUCUUUUCAGAAUCAGCUCAUUGAGACGAAAGCCAGGAAUGAACAGCUUCAGCAUGAAAAUAUAAAUUUCAAGAAAGAGCUGGAAACAAGACCAACUGUACAGGAAUUAAAACUUUAUAAGCACCAGGUGAAGAAACUGGAGAAAACACUGAAGAAAAAUAUCAAAUCACGUGAGUUUAUAAUGGGAGAAAAGAUCAAAGAAAAUAAAGAAUCUGAGAUUAUCACAGAAGACCAGCUGCAGGCAGUUUGUAGACAAUACUUACAGGUCUUGUCCAGCAUUGACUCUGUGCUAAGUAGUCCACGAGCUCCUCCUUUAAUAUAUAAGCGAAGUAAAGGGCCAAUCCAAAAUGGCAUCAAAGAGAAUGGACAAGAAUGUGGCUUUGAGCACCUUUCCCCUACAGUAGAAAUGUGGGCAGACCAAAUAAUGGCGCUAAAGGACUUGUAUAGGUCUCUGAGAAAGCUAUCACACGAACUUGUGCCCUGGCACACUAUAGACAUACAGGACAACAGUGAAUGCCCUCGCGUUGAAGACCUUCAGUUCAUAGUGGAUGCAAUCUUGGAAGAAAUAGAAAAUAGAGAAAAGAAUAGCCAGAUACCUUCUUUACAGACAUUGUAUGCAAUAGUCUCUCACUUCCAAAAGCUUUUUGAUGUGAGUUCUCUGAAUGGCGUUUAUCCACGAAUGAAUGAAGUUUACACAAAGCUUGGAGAAAUGACCAAUGCUAUGCGAAACCUCCAUGAUCUCCUAGAGCUAGAUAGCUCAGCCCCACCCACUGUCCUGGUGGACACUGUUGGAAAGCUUUGUAACAUAAUUAACGAGAAUGUGACUGAACAGGUCGAGCAGCUGCUGGGGACCCAAGACGUCCUAAGUAUCAUCAGCAAACUAGAAGAACAUGAAUACUUCUUCCCAGCUUUUCAAGCUCUUAUUCAAGAUUUGCUUUGUGUUUUAGAAAUCAGUAACCUGGAUGAUAUUUUACCUACGGUGCGGAACCUGAAGCUUCUAGCUAGGUAAAAUACCACUCUUAGUAGAUCUGACUAAUGAAUGUGUUAAUACUGGAUUUACAGGCUCUUCCAACCUGUAUUUGACCUUACUGUACAGUUUUAGAAUAUUUUUUACUAAAAUAAAUGUUUGCUUAGAUGUUA